CGUCAAGGCAAGGAGAGAAAAGUCCUUACGGAGGGGCUUCUAUCUAGCCUGAGCCAUUACCAAAGUGGACCUUUCUUGUGGACCUUCACUGUUUCUGACGGAGCCCAGCUUGAAGCUUCGGGUACGUACUGGCCAUGGUCAACCUGAGCCCCUCCACCAACAGUCGCCCACCUGAGCUGCAACACCUCGCCUCAAUAUCGUUAGGUAUUCUACGUCACUAUAUUUCUUCUGGUCACAUCGCCGCCAAUCCACAAAGCUUUCCUCAAGUCACCCACCCUACAAACGCCUUACCAUGGCCAGCAAGGUUGACCGCAUCGUUGCCCGGCUACAGGCCAAGAUCGAAGAGGGCGAUUAUUACGAAGCUCAACAGCAGACCCGUGUCGCGGCAUCUCGUUAUAUCAAGACCUCCAACUGGCCUGCCGCGAUCGAUAUCCUCUCGAAUGUAUCCCAAGCUUUGCUGCGCGCGGGGCAGGGUGGUAGUGGAGGAGAUCUGUGUGCUAUGCUGGUUGACGUCUACAAGCAGGCAGAACUCAAACCUGAUGCUACCGCCAAGGGUAGACUAUUGACUUGUCUGCGACUAUUUGAGGCUGGCGAGCCUACGAGGAAGAAGUUUAUCGGUGAAAUCAUAGCUUGGUCAGCAAAAUUUGGCGAAUAUCCAGCUGGAGAUCCUGAGCUUCACCAUGUCGCUGGCUCACUAUAUGCUGAGGAGCACGAUACAUACGAGGCCGAGAAACAUUUGAUAUUGGGGACCAAGGACUCGCCCGAGAUUCUGACAAAGAUGGAAUAUAAUUGGUACAAGGAGAGCGAGCCUCAUCAAGCGGCUCUCUUCGCCGGCCGCGCAGUUCUCCCAUAUCUCCUCGUUGGCAAUGUUCGUGCUGCCAAUACCUGCUACCGCCUCUUCACCAGCUCCCUCUCCAACGAUAACCCGAACCUUGGUGUCCAAGACGUAUCGAGCUCCGCUGGUGACAUCCGCAUCUUCCCAAGCCUGCCUCUACUCAACUUUCUUGGCUUUCUCCUUCUUGCUAUUCAACGCGGCGCACCCGAACUCUACCGUGCUUUGGUGUCCAAGUAUGCCACACAAAUCAACGAGGCGGGAUCAUGGGCCGAGGCGCUUGAGAUGGUUGGAGAGAUGUACUUCGGCCUGUCCAAGCCUCGACAAAGCAACCCCCUUAUGGAUAUGAUGAGCGGUUUCUUUGGCGGUGGUGGUGGCCAACCAGAAAAGCCAAAGCGUAAGCAGGUUACGCAACGGCAAGAUGCCCCCGCAGCGGAAGGUCUAGACUAGAUGAUUUGAUCUGUGGGGUUGGAUGCUGGUAUACCAUAUUGCCUUGAGAAAAACAUAGACAGCAGGCGUUGUAAGGUAAAGAAAAGACUGGGCUAACCACGGGGCUGUUCUUCUGGUUCAAACAUCCAAUUAUCUUCGGCAAGGGCUGCCACUUUGGCUCGUAGACUUGCUCUCACAGCUUCAAGAAGUUCUAAUGCGGCGUUAAUACGAUGAGAAUAACAAAGACAAGCCCAUGUCGCACCUUCAGGUUGUUCGGUCAUAGCAUGACGAUGCAUCUGGUGAUGUUUAACUGCUUCUGCCAGACGUUGUCUUUCCUCUACUCGCAUUUUAGCAUUGUUAGAUCUCUAGUCCUGCGUAUGUCUUACUCUCACACUCUUGCCUAUGAUCUAGGGGCAACUCAUCCUCGUCUUCCAUUAUCGGUGUCGGAAGGUCUCCGAGCUCAAUUUCUCCGUGCUUAUCGCGAACUACGAUCUCAGAUGUAUCAGAUAAAAUAUCGACGUCUGAAUGCAGUGUUUCGGCAGACGUAGAAGUCGAUCCAGCGGUAGGUCGCCGGGUCAACUGGCUCUGGAAUAGAUUACGACGAACGCCUGCUGAAGAGGCGCCGUUGCGAGAGCGGGGAACCCCCGUGCCAUUCGUUGUUGUCCGUGUUCGAUCUGCCAUCGCGAAAUCUUCAAUUUUGUUGGCCGUUGUGAUAUGAAAGGAAUGUAACUAUCCAAGAAGUUGAAGGUGAUCAAAACUUGGUUAUGUAAAGUCAGAUGUUAUGUCACCUUCUGUUGACUUUCUGUGGGGUGUCCCGGGGUGUCUUCGUCUAGUCAUCUUAGCUGCUUCA